AGAGAGAGAGAGAGAGAGAGAGAAGGAAGUAUAUAUGACGAAGCAUAAAACUGAGGUAGCAAAGCAAGCCGUAAAAUCCCAGAACUUCACAACUUCACUGCUCAGAGCGUUUUAUUUAUUUAUUUAUUUAUUUUUGGUGAGACUUCACUGCUCAGACCUUGAAAUCCUUCUCUCAUUCAUUCUCCUCUGACAGUAUAUAUAUAUAUAUAUAUAUAUAUAUAGAGAGAGAGAGAGAGAGAGAGAAUAACGGAAGAAGAAUAUCUAUCAAUAUAAAUGGCAAUGAAUAGCCGUUGUCGCCGUCGGCGGUGCUGUCGGAGGAGGAGCUAUAGGGGAUUAAGAAGUCUGUCUUUGUCUGCAUGCCCUCACAAGCAUACCAUUCGAGUGAUUGAAUCAAUUGCUUCUUCAAACUGAUAUCAUUUGUGUGGUUGAUUGGUUUUACCUUCUACAAUAGAUUGAUGACGUUUGUCAGUGGGUUUUUGUGAAAAACAAUGCUGGGCCUUUUUUUGAGAGUUUGGUGCGGCUUUCAAGGUUUAAACUGUAAAGAUCAAUUCAACUUCUUUGCUCUGGCUUUUGAAUCUUCAAGGUUUUUAACGCCUUCAGCUAUCAGGUAAUCUAUCUUGAUACCAUCUCAAAUCCUACUAAAUAUACUCAAAGCUCAAUUGUUUACUGGAAUUUGUUGUGCUUGAGUUAUUAGGAAGUUUACAUGGCUUCGAAAUUAAUCCAAACUUCUCCCUAUGAGGCCAAAAACCAAACAGAACUUUCGCUGCGACAGGCAUUUGAGUUUCUUGAACCAAGAUUAAGACCUCCGUUUCCAUUAACAAUUCCAAACCCACAAGAAUACUUGCAGCUCAACCAGGCCAUCCUUUAUGGUGUUUUGGUUGAACCCCAUUUUGCCAAAACCCAUAUUAAGCACUUGCAUGCCAUUGUCAGGGAUGGAUAUUCCUCUUUUGUUAAUUUUAUUAUAAAGGUUGUAAAGGAAUUGUACAUAAAACUUAUUGAUACAGUGAAAAUUCAGUUGAUUUGGGUUACUAAGGAAAUGAUUGAUGUUUCUGCUAUAGGUGUUAAUGAUUUAUUGGUAUUUCUAUUGAGGCAAAUUAUUGCUGGAGACUUUAGUGAUGACAAUCUAUGGUUGUGUUUUGAGGUAGUGAGCAUUUUUUUGGCAAAAUGGGAUUGUCUAUUGGAAAUAGAACCGAUGAUUUUGACAAGUGCGUUGUAUACUUAUCUUAGGUUGUUAUCUGAUCACUGUCGAUUAUUUGAUAACAAAAGAUUAGAUGCAAUAAGGCAAUUGGAGAUUAAGUUUUGUGUGAGAGUUUUAAAGGAGCAGUUUCAUUUGUGUUUGAGGAUUGGGAGGGAUCUAAUUCGGCUUCUACAAGAUUUGGUUCAUGUACCUGAAUUCAGAGCACUGUGGAAGGAUUUGGUAUUCAACCCAAAUGAGUUUAGGACUCCAGAAUUUUCAGAUAUUUCACAACUUUAUUGCAAAAGGACGUCAAGCAGGUAUUUUUUACUUCGGAUUACUCCUGAAAUGGAGGCCCAAUUAAGGUUUUUACUUACACAUGUGAAGUUGGGAAACCAGAAGCGCCACCAGGCAUGGUUUGCUAAGAAGUUUCUUUGUGUGCCAGAAAGAGAGACCCUCAUAACGGACAUUGUUCGGUUUAUAUGCUGUUGUCACCACCCACCUAAUGAAAUCAUUCAAUCAGAAGUUAUUCCAAGAUGGGCUGUUUUAGGUUGGUUACUGAAGUCUUGUACAAAGAAUUUUAUUGAAGCCAAGGUAAAGCUUGCUCUUUUCUAUGAUUGGCUUUUUUUUGAUGAAAAAAUAGAUAAUAUCAUGAACAUUGAGCCUGCAAUGCUAUUGAUGGUACACUCUAUGUCCAGAUACAUUGACGUGACUCAUACUCUUCUUGAGUUUUUGUUCCUGCUUGUGGACAACUAUGAUGUGGAACGAAAAGAUCUCUUAGUUAAAGGUGUAUCAUCAUCAUUUAAUAUACUGGUUCAGAGGGGAGUGAUUCCCUCACUGGAUGUCGUGAUCUCGUGUGAUGCACUUUCCCCUUUUCUAAAAGAGAGGCUUGGCAACUUUUUAUCUGGUUUUAAGGUGGAAAUCUCUAAGGAAUUGCAUCCAUUGCAUCUUCCUCAUCAGUUUGCGACACCUUUGAGUUUGCAAACUCUUUCUUGUAUAGAAACUUUAAAACCAUCACAAAAUGGGCAACAACCUACAUGCACCAUGGUUGGUGGAUCUGCUAAGAAAUCUUUUGAUGCUUCUAGUUUGAUAUCAGAUGGCUUGGAUGCUUCCUGUAGUCCAUUAGUUGUAACUGCUGAAAAUCCAUUUGAUGCUUUAGAGAAUGCGGUUCAACGUUUUGGAGAAGCAGUUAAGAAAUCAACCACAAUAGGUCUUAAGGCUUUGAAGGAACUAUUACUGUUAGUGAAUGUUGAAGACCAAACAGUAACAAGGGGUUCAACUUUUCCUGAUGUUUUAUCAUCUAAAAUAGCUGAGGUAUAUGAAUCAAGUGGAUACAAACUGUUUGCUCCUCUUGAAUCUCAUGAUAAUCAAGAUUAUGAUGAUGAAAUAGAGUCUCCCACAUCUGUAGUAAUUCGAUAUUUCAUGUAUGCUCAGCAUGAGAGGAUGCAAGAAAUGCUGUUAUUCUGGUCAAGGAAUGGUUCUCCUGUUGGAGCACGGUUAUUAUUGUAUGCAUCAAGGCUAGCUUAUGAGGCAGAGAUGGCUGGUUGUACUCUAGAUGAAACAGUUGCUGGUAAAUCCAUUAAUAGAAGUGAUUCAUCCAUGCUUUUGUUAGCUUUUCAUGCUGAUGAGUAUCACACUUUUCUAAAUAACAGAAGAGAAGACUCCCAUGAAAAUAUUCAGUUGUGCUCUAAAAUGGACAAAAAAUUAAUUUCAAAAUUGGUAGUUGGUGCCUUUGCUGCUUACAGAUGUUUCCUUGUGCAUUUAAGAAAUAUCUCAUUAAAAGAUUCAGAUAUAUCUCUCACAAAACUCCUGUUUUCUGACUUCUUGUUGUGUUGUGGGUGGGAAAGUAAAAGAUUGAAAAACUUGGUCUGCAGUGUCUUUUCUCAUCUUUCUGAUUUAUCUGCUGGGGAUGAAAACUUCAUUAGGCUACUUGUGAAUAAGUUGGAUAACAAUGCUCUUAUAGAUAUGCAUUUUCAGUUGGGCUUAAAGAGAUUCUCCAUGUUUGGUGAGGGCACUGAAACCAUUUCCAACCUAAUUAAGAACUCUUUUACUUGGGACUGUUUGGAACAACAUAAAUUCUGGGGCUUGAUUAGAUCAGAGCUUGCAGUUUCCAAUGUUCAAGUGGAGAAAGUAGUUUUGGAUUUUUUCUCCUCAAGUGAAUUAGAUGCAAAUGCAAGUUCCACUGCAGUAGGAGGCCUUCUGACACUUUGUACUUGUCGUGCACCAACGCCAGAGCUUGUUGGGGCAGUCAUGUUAUUGCCUAAUAAUGCAUUCCAAGAUUUUGCAGCUACUGUUCUCUCUACUUGGGUUGUCUCUUAUAGGUCGAUGUUAUUUGAUAGCUUGGCUGAAUUUGCAGAGAAACUUGGCAAGACUGGAGAAGUUGUAAUGUCUAGUUCGGGUGGAAUUAUGAUUAACCAUUCUGCCAUAUUGUGGUUAUUGGAUUAUUUCAAUGCACAGGGAAUGGAUAGUGCAGAUAUUUUGAGUAACUUUUCCGUUCAUCUCCAUGCAAAAAAGCAAAGCAGCAGCUGUGAUUGAUGUAAACUUGUGAUAUACUUGAGUAAGUUUUGAAGCUGAAUUGUAUAUAAUAUACUUGUAACAGUAUGGUUAUUUAUUUAUUUAUUUUUAUUUUUAUUUU